CAACAUAUUUUCUUCCUGAAACAAAAUCAAAACUAAAACCUCGUUUGGGUUGUUUUGUUGCAAAAACAAAAACCAGCUCAUUUCAUCACCUCUGUUUUUCUUUUAAAUAUUCUUAAAAUUCUUCUCUCUCUCGGACCCUUGAGAUGGUGAAGGAACUGAAGGUUGAAUCGAACCCAAUAUUGUCAUUCCACAAAAACAACCAUGUGUUUGUGAAGCUUGCAGUCUCUUUUCUCUUAGUUGGUCUCGCCUUUCGACUCUUGUUUUCCGAUUCUGUGCUUCCUAUCGGAUUAAAUUUACCAGUAGGGCCACCUCCUCUUGCAUUUGCAGACCAACAACAAACAGACUCCUCCUCCUCCUCCUCCGCUGUUUCCGAUUCUUCUUUAUUUCCUGGUCAAAUUCAAAACUCUACAAUUGUUGAUUUUCCUGGAAAUACCUCCCAUACACAUGACAAUGUGAAGUGUGACCUUUUUACUGGAGAUUGGGUACCAGAUCCGUCAGGUCCAAGAUACACUAAUGAAAGCUGCCAUGUGGUGGAACCUCAUCAGAAUUGUAUGAAGAACGGUCGCCCCGAUUCCGACUACUUUUACUGGAGGUGGAACCCAAGAGACUGUGAGCUACCCAAGUUCAAUCCGCAGAGUUUUCUUGGUAUAAUGAGGAACAAAUCAUGGGCCUUCAUUGGUGAUUCGAUUUCGCGUAACCAUGUGCAGUCAUUGCUUUGCAUUCUCUCUCAGGUGGAGCAAGCUGUUGAGGUAUACCAUGACAAAGAAUACAGGUCUAAAAGAUGGCUUUUCCCAUCUUACAAUUUCACUGUUUCCGUAAUUUGGACUCCGUUUCUCGUCAAAGCGGCCAUUUUUGAAGACAUGAACGGAGUUUCUACUUCCGAAAUUCAGCUUUAUCUUGACGAACUCGACAAGACAUGGACCGAUCAGUAUAACAGCUUGGAUUACGUGGUGAUUGCCGGAGGAAAAUGGUUCCUGAAAACCGCAAUUUACCAUGAGAACAACACGGUCAGAGGCUGCCAUUACUGCCCUGGAAAGAACUUAACGGAGUUUAGGUUUGACUACGCCUAUCGCAGUGCCCUCCGUCUGGUUUUCAAUUUCAUCACUCGUUCGGAUCAUAAAGCGCUUGUAUUAUUUAGAACCACCACGCCUGACCAUUUUGAGAAUGGAGAGUGGUUCAGUGGGGGGUAUUGCAAUAGAUCAGCGCCAUUCAAAGAGGGUGAGGUUGAUAUAAAAGAUGUAGAUGCUGCAAUGCAAAACAUCGAGCUGGAAGAAUUCGAGAAGGCUGCGGCCGAAGGAUCGGAGAAGGGGGUGAACUUUAAACUACUGGACACAACCCACCUUUCGCUAUUGAGACCCGAUGGGCACCCAGGUCCGUACAGGCAGUUCCAGCCAUUUGCAAAGGAUAAGAAUGCCAAAGUCCAGAAUGAUUGCCUACAUUGGUGCUUGCGGCCAAUAGACUCUUGGAAUGAUUUGGCUAUGGAAUUGUUGGUCAACGGCGAAAAAUAUCAAUGAUCGAACUCUUGGCUUAUCAAGCUCACAAGCAUUUGCAAUCCUGUAAGCAAAUCUGUGCCUAAAACAGGCGCGACGCUGACCCGAAAUACAUCAGAGCUUAUAAAUGAAACUACAAAUCUCACAAAAAAAUCCCAUUUCUGUAAACUUAUGUAUCUACCAUUACCAUUGCUGAAAAGAAGAGUGCCAAAAUUCCACACAA